UUUUUAUAUGCAGACAAGCCACACAACAAGACAUGCGACAAGAACGAGUUCCAAUGCAGCAGUAUGACGUGUAUCCACCGCUAUCAAGUGUGCGACAUUCACAAAGACUGUCUCUAUGGGGAUGAUGAGAUACUAGCCACCUGUGCGAGCAUGCCUGAUGGGGCCAGGUGCGAUUUUGAGCAAGGCUUCUGCGGUUGGUUGAAUAGCAUUCAUGACGACUUUGAGUGGACGAGACAUAACGGGUCGACGCCAACUCCUGAAACUGGUCCCACUACUGACCACACGCUUAAGAACCACUUGGGUCACUAUUUAUACAUUGAAGCCACAGACUCGGCCAUGUUUUCUAAAGCUAUACUGAAAAGUGUCGCCUUCAGUGCCCCGCCUCCAGACACGUAUGAUCCGGCUUCAAUGUUUUUCGAGAGUUGCCAGUUUAGGUUCUACUACCACAUGUUCGGGGUGCACACGGGGUCUCUACGUGUGGACGUACACGAGCGCAACACCGAACGUCUCUUGUUCAUCGCCUCCGGAGAAAACGAGAACAGUUGGAAGUUCGUGUCGGUACCGUUGCCAAAAAUCGAACGCAGCUACACUGUGAAUAUCAAGGCAAUCCGUGGAGUACGGUUUCGAGGAGACAUCGCAAUAGAUGACCUAUCUCUGAGUCCCGAAUGCUUCGGCAAAGAUACACUUGGAAAAAACAAUUCAAUACUCUUCUACGAAGACUUAUCGUUAAUUCCAUUAGAGUACCGAUUUUCUACGUGCGAAGCAGAGGGCAUGUUUGGCCCUACGCAGGAGCAGUGCGACUCGGCUUAUAGCAACGUCACCGUUUCAGUCGUUUCCGAAGAAGCGUUAAAAGGCAUACAGUUAUGGACAGUUCCUAAUACGGGCUUGUACAGUAUCAUGGCAUACGGCGCUAGCGGCGGUAGAGGAGCUAACAACCCAGCGUUCGGAUUAGGUGCUGUAGUUUACGCCCACUUCAACUUUACACGAGGUGACAUCAUCCACCUGCUAAUUGGGCAGGAAGGGCAGAGUUCAUGCUCUAUGGGAGAUCCAGAAAACAACUGCGAGGACUCCGUCAGCACUAGCGUUCUAUCAGGUGGCGGAGGCGGUGGAGGUGGCGCCACCUAUGUAUUCACGAUCAACCUUGAUACUUCAAAAAGCCCCGCGCAAGUUCCAUUGCUGGUUGCUGCUGGAGGUGGGGGUGGCUCAGCUCUUCAAGGUUGGAAGGCUUCCAUGCAGAAAAUAGGAGCCAACGGGUUUUAUAUAGCCACAGAUGAUAUAGUGCUGUCACCAUCAUUCGCUGUGCGAGCAGGAAAUGGUUGGUCAAACGGUACAAUUCACACAGGAAGAUCGCUGCUGAAAGGUGGGACCGGAGGUGUAGGUUGCACGCUAGGCAACAGCCAAUUUGCUGUUGGCGGAUUCGGAGGCGGUGCAGGAGCUUGCAUGGGCGGUGGCAACGGCGGAGGCCUUUGCGGGCGCAGUUCCACUGGAAAUGAUCAGCCAUCUGAUGGGGUUGGAGGCUGGUCGUUUGUCAGCAGAGAUGCUAUAAAUGCUGUAAACAUGCUGGACCAUAACAAGGGACAUGGUAGAGUUACCAUCACGUACCUGACGCCCGUGGAAUGCUUGUGUCCUGACCAGCCUUCGCCGCUCAACAUGCAGGAUCUGCUAAAGCUGUCACUCGACGUAGCAGCAGGAUGUCAAUACUUGGAAGAAAACCAUUUCAUUCACAGGGCACUGGGACAGGGAGCCUUCGGUGAGGUAUAUCAGGGCUUGUUGUCAAAUCUUCCCGGCGAACAACCGGACAUGCCAGUAGCAGUAAAGACACUGCCAGAAUUGUCAACUGACCAAGCAGAGAUGGAUUUUCUUAUGGAAGCCCUUAUCAUGUGUAAAUUUGAUCACGCGAAUAUAGUGCGAUUCAUCGGCGUAUGCUUCGAGAAACAUCCAAGGUUUAUCAUAUUGGAACUGCUCAACGGCGGUGACCUAAAGUACUUCCUGCGGGAAUCCAGACCGAAAGCAGUAAGGGCUGACUACUAUCGUAAGGGAGGAAAAGCAAUGCUUCCCGUCAAAUGGAUGCCCCCAGAAGCCUUUCUCGAUGGAAUGUUUACGUGCAAGACAGACGUCUGGUCAUUUGGUGUACUAUUGUGGGAAGUGUUCUCUCUGGGAUAUAUGCCGUACCCAGGCAGGGGUAACCAAGAGGUGAUGCAGCUGGUCACUAAUGGAGGAAGGUUGGAAGCCCCAUCGGGCUGUCCCGCCUCUAUAUAUGCAAUAAUGAAGCUCUGUUGGGCUGGCAAUCCAGAUGCUCGGCCAAGAUUUACCGAAAUCAUCAAACAGAUAAAUGCGUGUAUACAGGACCCUGAAGUCAUCUACACUGCGCUACCAGUUUUCCACCGGGCACCGUCUGUGGAACGAGAGAACAGUCUGGUUCGACCGUCCGAAUCAGACCGAAACUGCUUGCAGGUACACCAGGCUCUUUCACACGGCGCUGCCGGCUCAAGACCGGGGACAAACGCAAUUGGUGAACCGCACGCAGCCGGUAGCAGCAAGGUCGACGAGUUCGAGUUGAAGCAAUCGUACGGGCCCAGUAGCGGUGAGCUAUCCGUGCUUCUGCCCGCAGACGCGCCCGCAGGCGUGUUCGACGAGAAUGCCUUCCACAGCCUUCCCUCGCCCGCGAAGACACAGCUGCAGAAGACAUUAUCCGGAAGCAGUCGGAGCGGAGCGUACAGCAGUUUGCCGACGUGUGAGCCGACCGACGAUGGCGAUACCAGCGACAAUCUGUAUCAGAAUCCGCGCUACUACCAGCGCAACAACAGUACCGCAUCGGCUGAGCUGGCGGCGAUGCACGACGAGGCCGAGGCGCACGAUGGCAUUGCUGCUGCGCAGAACGAUCAUGGCGAUGGCGAACCCGAUGCCGAAUAUGUUGCUGCUGCUGCGGAGGCGCCACUGCUGUCCAAGACCGACGACAGCGCAAUUUCGCAAGCAGGCGCGGCGACGCAGUAUCAGAACGUUGACUGUCAAAAGAGCAAUGGUUACGCAGCCACGCACCUACUCGCAUAGCCGAUUUCAAUCCUGAGUCUCGUUGAUAGCCUCCAUCUACAUUAACGUCACCAGCUUUUAACAUGCUCCUCUUAGAGUCGUGUUCGCCCCACUCGGCAUACUUCGGCCGAUUCCGUACUCACUACUUCUAAGUGAUCUUUCUUCGAUUUCCUCUCUACAGCUAUGUGUGGGUACGGAAUCAACCGAGGUCUUCCGUGUGUUCUCUCUUCGCCUAUAUCACAUAGAUGCCAGUCUGAUAUAUGCUAGCCUAAUUAUAACCUAAGUCAAAUAACUUAGAUUCAAAUCUAGCCAUGCUGGUCUCAGUCCGUCAAGACGAACUGGUGCGCCUCGGAUUGGUCUUGAUUUAAGUUCAAUGUGUUAAUUUACUAUGAAAAAUACUGUGUACUAAAAAUGAUACUACCUGCCAUAGUGAUACGCCCUGACUGUCGUUUAAAAGCUGACUAUUAUACCUGUGGCAAUUACAUCAUAACUUUAUAUCAGGAGCUAAUAAGUGUAUAAUAUUUGUAAUAGCUGUAUUAUUAGCUUUUUAUUAUAUAUUAACACAC